AUGCCAGAUGAAAUUGACACUUCUGAUAAACUUGAAACUGUCGAUGAACUCGAAACUGUCAGUGAACUCGAAACUGUCAGUGAACUCGAAACUGUCGAUGAACUCGAAAUUGUCCGUGAACUCGAAACUGUCGAUGAGCUCGAAAUUGUUGGUGAACUUGAAACUGUCGGUGAACUCGAAAUUGUCGAUGAACUCGAAAUUGUCCGUGAAUUCGAAACUGUCGAUGAACUCGAAAUUGUCGGUGAACUCAAAGUUGAUAGGGUUAAUGUCGGGGAUAUGCUUAGUUUAUCCAGCGAGUUUGAUGUUAUUUGUUCAAAAGGACGCGAUGUCGUCUGCUCAGGCGAGCGCGACAUUGAAUUUUCGAGAUUUUUUGGUGCAUUAAGGCAUUUUAUCCUUCCUUCUUGGGGGCUAAUCGAUAAGUGA